GAACAAAGAAUACCUAGUGUAGCCAAGUUUUUGUACCGCAUUAAAAAAUGCCGUAUAACCGAACGUAACUUGCCAUAUAAUGCGUUGUAAAAUGCUGUGAUUAAAAUUUUGUGGAAAUUCAUUUUCCUAUCAUUGCGCGUUCUGUCAGCUGGUAUUUGAAAGGCUGCCCUAUUUUUGAAACUUUAACGCGGCGAAUGUAAAAUUGGUCUGCUAAGUAAACGUAAACUUUAGAAGUGAACGUUUAAUUAUAACUGUCACAAAAAUUUUAAUUAACAAAUGCGUUUUUAUCAACCAACAAAUUGAUGAUACAGGCAGUUUUAUAACUGGGGAAUAAGUAUUUCUCAUCUGCAUUUACAAAAUCUUAAUAUAAUGGCUGAAAUAAUUGUGAGAAAUCAAGAUAAACGUUUUCAAACAUUAUUGGAUUGUUCGGCCCGAUUUGCCGGUGAGCAUGGAAGUCGAAAGAUUCAAUGUUUUCUUGAUUUUAUUGCUACUUAUAAGGAUGUUAAACGCAUUAGAGAUGAACAAGCUUUGGAAGAAUUAGGGCAUUUGUUGACAAAUUCUGCGCAUGACUGGUGGAUUAGAAGAAAAGACCAUUUUUUAAAUUGGCCAGAGGCCUUAACGGCGUUACAAAAACACUUUUCAAGACAAAGGCCUGCGCAUGCAAUUUAUGCCGAAAUAUUUGGUUGCUCUUUCGAUAAAUAUUUGCAAGCAGAAGACUUCAUUUAUGAUAAGUAUGAACUUUUCCAUGAGUUGCCGCAACCUUUGCCGUCCGAAAGAAUGCAGUUGGAUAUUAUAUAUGCUCUGUUGCCCGAGGAAAAACGUAAAAAUAUUUAUCCCAUGAAUAUUAUGACGGUAAUGGAUUUAAAGGAAUGUAUUAAAGAUUUACAAAGUAAUGAUAUCGCGACCGUCUCCACCCAGCAUCCCAAUAUUACAAUCGAUAGUAAUAAGCAGUGUAAUACCGAUGUUAGAAUCAAGAGUCCGAAGGCCAAAGAAGAGACCAAAGAGAUUGAAAUAGUUUGUGAUGAAAGUAACCCGCAAAAACAAAAAAGACGUUUGGAAGAAGCUAAUGAAUCUGUGGAUAUUACUUUGGUCCAAGACAGAGAUCCUAUUAUUAAGGUUAGACGUACCGAAGACUUAAUGCCCACUAUUAGAGAUAAUAAAGAAAUACGAACAGUACAACCACAGGAGACAAAUGAAAAAUCUACGCCACCAUUCCAACUUGCUUCCGAGAACAUAAACCAAAUGGAUCACAUUAUUAAUUUAUGCGGAAAUGAAAACGAUUUACCUACCAACAUAGGUGGUUUGGGUGUGUCAAUAACAAGUGUUGCUGAUGCUUCACAAAUUACAUAUUUAUUAAAUGGUGAAACUACUAUUGCUCCUGAAAUUGUUACACCCAAUCAGCAACAAGCAUUUGCGAAAGACAAAAAACCAAAAAUGCGUUAUAAGUUGAGUCGAUCAUUUGGUGGCAAAUCCGAUGUAAAUCCUAAAAGGGUCAAAUAUACGAAGCUUGUUCCAGAAAGACUUAAAAAUACUAAAAAAACCACUGAAACUGAAAAUGUACAGAGUGCAACCAGUAAUACCAAUAUUGUAAUGGCAGCAGGAUCAAUGCCUGACAUUUCCAACACAAACAUUAGCCAAUCACCUACAAUAAGCCCUUCAACGCCAACAACAAGUACGGCUUCCAAUCAUACAAUUAGUAAUACGUUAACUACUAAACUUAUAGAUCCAAUUAAUGGACCGUUUUCCACGAAAGCCGCCGCAGCCAAAAUGCGUUUAAAUGCAGGUACAAGUUCGAAUGCGAAGUGCCAUCAGUGUGGUACAACGGGCUUUUACCGUAGUAUAUGUCCAAAUUGUAGUCCUAUAUAUUUUUAUAAGCCCCCUAAUAACGCUUUGUAAGUACUACCGAACAAUAUUUUAAUUACAAUUACCAUUCUUGAAUUAUUACAAUCACUAUUCCUGAGUUAUCCAUUUAUAGGAACGUAAGCAAUUUUUUAUUAUAGACAGCAUAUUUACUUGGUUAGUAUAUAAAGAUACAUACAUACAUCAGGAACAAGAACAACAACGUAUUUUAUACGUGUAUACGCAGAUUUUAAGAAGAUAGCAUUAUGAACUAGUUAGAACAAAUACUAUUGUGAUCAAAAGGCAAGAUUAUAAAUAUAGCAAAUAUUUUAAGAGACCUAAAAUGUAAGAACCUGGAUAGGUACUCCUUAAAAUUUAUGUUUUACAUGGAAAAAUUGUCUUUCUAUACCUUCGGGGUGCAAAAGUGUGCUUGUAGCUCAUGUCAAAGAUAAAGGUAUUGU